AUGCUGAAACCUAAGAUAAGCAACCCAAACAGUAUUGCAAUAAUUAAUUUAGACAAGAUUACUGGAUGCAAGGUUGAAGGUCAAAUCAAACCAAAAAUGACGAUAAAUGAAAGUAAAUAAUAAGGAUUUGCAGAAUCAGAUUAAUAGGAUAUUUUCAUGGCUAGCAAAUUAAAUCCUAGUCAAAUAGUUACACCAAACAAAAUCAAGAAAAAGAAGAAGAAAAAAACUAAGAAAUCCUCAUAGAAAUCAAAAACUGAAAUACAAAAAAGUGGUUUUAAAACAAAAAAGUCUAUUUCGUCAGUUAUUCCAUGGGGUGUUAAUCAGCAGAGACUACGCAAUUACAUUUUAGCUGAAUAACAGAAAUAUUUUAACGCAAUUUAACGUCGAAAUACAAGAACAACUGUAGACCUCAAAGAAAGAAGAUAAUAAAUUGGGACAUCAUUUUUGAACUAAUACGCCUAAAAGAAUCUUAAAUCAAUGAUGAAAAGUAAUAUGAUUUAUUAAGCUAGAGAAAAAAUCGUUCCAUGAUGAAAAUCAACCUUAGCAAAAAUUAAAAAUAUCAACUGCUUUGCAAUAACAAUACAAAAAAUUGGGAAGCAAAUCUAAAAACUUCAACAUUCUACCAAAUCGAAUGAAAAUGAGUUUUAUUCACUAUCCUAGUCCUGCUUAGAAAAUACAAAAAAGGAAUAGAAGUCUCUCAUAAGGUUAACAAAAUAAGCCAAUCUAAAUUAAUAGAAUUAGAACAGGUUCUCUUUAUGAGAAAACAGGAACCUUAUUUGAAGCUCCUAAUUUAUAAUUGAAGUUCAAUAGAGCCUAGAAGCAAAAAAGGAUUGUUUUAUAAUAUUAAAAUAUCGAAGAGAAUUAUCUUAAUUAUAAAAAACUAGGAUGUAAUUCAUCAAAAAAUUAAUCAAAACCCCAAUCAUCACUUUAUAAAUUAAUGAGCAAUUCAAGCAGCAAUAAUAUUCCUAAUGACAGUGAUGGAGAACAAAAUAUUUAAGACUUAGAUGAUAGCUUUUAUAGUUAAAAGAAUAUUUUAGAUACUCAUUCUGAAGAAGAAGAAGCAUAAAAAAUUGAAGAAACAAAUAUCUUUUAAGGUUCUUUUCCUGAAAAUUAUAAUGAAGAAUAUUAUUUCAAAAAAGACAAUUGUAAGAAGAUUACUUUACAUUAGAAUGCUUUCUCUGUUGAAAAUUAGGCAGCAGUGAUUAUUUAAAAGGUAUGGAAAGGAUAUUAAGUACGCAAGAAGAUUUUUAAAUCUAAAUUCUAAUAGAAUAAAGAUAAUAUAAAAACUAAGGAUGGAUUAAAUUUAAAAAGUUUAACCAAAUCUCAAAUCAAUAAACUAAUUAAAUUUGGAUUUCUCAAGAAAGGAUCAAUUGAUAACUCAUAACUUAUAGAUGAAUCUAGCUUUAUAAGUCACUCUAGACCCAAUUCUUAGGUAGAUAAUCAAAAAGAUACAAAAAAAAUUAUUGAAUCAAAUUAAUAUUAAAAAUUUAUAGAAAACUUUCAAGAUGAUAUUGAUUGGAAGCCUAAUUCGUCUAAUCAAUAGAAUUAAGUUUCAAAUAAGUUUAAAGAUAUUUAGUUACAAAUAAUAUCUGAGCAUACUCCUGAAAAAAUUAAGAAAUCAUAUCAAAAUUCUCAAGGUGAAUCAAAUGGAAAUUAAAAACCAAAAAAAAUUAGUAAAUUAUCAAUUGAUGUUGAAGAGUAAGAAGAGGAGAAUAAAGUUGAUAUUGGAGAAAUAAGAUGUGCUUUUGGUUCAGAAUCAUUAUUAAAGAGUCUUUCUUAAGAAGGUGAAUAAUCAUUCUAAUAAGAUAAAGGGUUGUUUGAAUAAACAUCAUUCUAAGACUUUGUUAUGAAUAAGUUUAAAGAACUUAUGUAGAGAGACAAGAUGGACUAAUUAAUUGCCUUAAGAGAAGAGGCAGUUCAAUAAAGACAGUAAUAAUCUUUACGGUAAAUUGAUAAAGCCUUUUAAAAUAAUCAAAUAUCACCUAGGACAUUCGAAGUUUAACAAAGGAAAAUCGAGAAGUGGGUUAAUAAAUAAAAAAAUGAUUUAGAGUAAAAAAAGAGGGAGAUUCUCAAAGGAUAACAAAGUGUUUUUGAUGCCAUUGUAAAAACUUAAAGGGAUUUGUAAUUUGUGAAAUAAAUGCUAACUUCAUAAAAUUCUUAGACUUAUAUCAAAAUAGUUGAUACUUUAAGCUAAGAAUCAGCAAAUUAUAGUGAAAAUUCAUUAAAGAGUUCAAUUAUUGACAUUUAAAUAUCCAAUUCUUAAAUGUUGCAAUCUUAACAAGACGAUAAAAAUAAAGUUUAUGAAGAUGUAGUAACUAUCUAGAGAAAAAGCAAUAAUAUAUUAGAGGAGAAAGAAUUAAUAUGUCCUGAACCCUUUAAUCUAAAAAAAUUGGCUUAAUCUUAGUUUGUUAGAAAUGUGGAGCAGUUCAAAGAACCAUAAAAAAUAUCUGAAAAAUGUGCUGAUUCAUAUUCUAUUUUAAUUUCAAAUAUGCUUAUAUAAGAAGAAGUGAAUAGUUUUUAUAUAGAAAUGUAAAGAAAUGGAAUUGAUUUAUAUGAAUUAAUCAGCAAAUCUUAAUUCAAUAGUAAGAAUUAGAUUGUUUAGUCAAAAGAACAAAAGAUUUAAGGGUUGAAAACAAAUGUUGCAUAAAUUAAAUCAUAUCUCAAAUAUUUAGAAGAGUAUUUGAUAGGUAAUAAAAUUAUGUUAUGUCUUUUAUAGAUAAUGUCAUGAUUCAAAUCUAGAGAAUUAUCAACAUUCCAUUAGGUCCAUCCUCUAAACUAAUGCUUAAGUUUCUUUAACCAAUAAGGGAAUCAGCAGAGUCAGAUUAUGAUUCAAAUGGAGCUUAGCAAUAAGUCAUUCUUAGUGUAGAGUUAUUUGGCAAAUUUGAAAGAUUUUUAAUGGAAUAGCGAAUCAUUAAUCAUCAAAAUAAACUUAUAGUUGAAUUAGAACAUAUUCAUAACAAGGCAAUCUUUGAUUCUUUAAAUGAAGCAUUCGAUUAGUUUAGACCAUAUGGUCUCCAUGGGUAACCAUUUUUGUGGAAAUCUGACCCAACCAGAUUGAGAGCAAGGGAAAAUUAAUUGACGGAAAUACCUCAAAUCAUUAGAAAAGCCUCAGAAAAAGUCAUAGAUUGGAGCCAUUAUAUGGCAGGGAUCUUAGUUGAUAAAGAGGAUUCACCAUUUCCAAAAUCUAUGUAACUAGACCAAGAAACCAUAGCCUAGAUACGAGAAGACAGACUAUAUAGAAUGUUAACUUUAGAUGUAUAGUUUAAUUGUUAAAUUUAUAGAUUAUUGAUAAUGAAGAUAGAUGGACAAAUUACGAUGAAGAGACUGCAGAAAUCUCAAUAGAUUUAUCAGAUCUAUUGUUUGAUUUUCUAAUUGAAGAAGUAGCUUAUGAGAUGUAAUAGAAAUGA